AUGGGUCGCUACAACCUUGAAUAUCCCAAAGACUCCACCAAUACCAUUAAACGGUACAAGGUUCAUGGAGUCUAUGAACUUGAAAAUGUCCACCGUAUUGUCAAUUCUUGCCCAAUCCUUCACAUCUCGUUCAACUCGCCGUCUCAGCCUUUCCCAGUCGUGCUGCCUAUGAUUGGGCAGAUGGGCUCGUUUGAACGUCCCAGUGCCGAUCUCAGCGAUCCUCUGGACCUCUACCUUCACGGCUAUGUCUCUUCACGGAUCAUGAAUCUGUCCCAGACUACCGUUGUUGAUGGACAAGAGCAUCAGGGCAUGCCAGUGUGCGUUGCGGCAUCUCACAUCGACGGCCUUGUCUUGACACUCACGAGCUACUCUCACAACUACAACUAUCGCUCGGCAGUCCUUUUCGGCUAUGCAAGCAUAGUGAAGGAUGAGGAAGAGAAACUGUACGCAAUGGAACUCAUUACCAACAGUGUUGUCCCUGAUCGCUGGAGACACACUCGUCUACCCCCGUUGCCAGCCGAGAUGCAGAGCACCAACAUUCUCAAGGUGCGAAUUGCUUCAGCAAGCGCCAAGAUUAGUGCUGGAGGUGCGACAGAUGACAAGAGCGAUAUGAGUAAUGAGGAGCUGGUCAAUUCGACGUGGACGGGUGUGUUGCCAAUCACUCAGACGUUUGGGGAGCCAGUGCCAAGCCCGUACAACAAGGUCAAGCUGCCAGAGUACAUUGACGAGUUUACAAAGGACUCAAAUGAUGAGAAACAGAAGCUUUCUAUUGAUGCGGCGCAAGGAGAGCGAAGGGCACUGUAA